CUUCGUUUGUUUUUCUCUUACUCCCCCCCAUUUACUUGCUACCCUCACUCCAUUAUUACUUAUACAUUCACCAACUCCCACUCAAUUACACACCGAAGCUUCACUCACUUAUACGGCAUUGCUACCCCCUCUCUUUCUCUCUCACUUACUCAUUUACAGACACAUACACUUAUUACGGUUUCUUCCUUUAUCCUUCUCUCUUUCUCUGUCAUACACUCUCCCUGACACAUUCGGCAUUGCUACUCUCUCUACAUAGUCUCCUCACCCUUUACCUCCACAUAGUCACACACAAAGCCUAGCUACUCUCUCUCUCUCUAAAGACAGUCUUUUCCUUCUUCUGCCCCCUUUCUCUCUACUUACACAUUGCUACUCUCUCCGCUCUCUCUCCCUUUCUCUCUCACUUUACUCAAUCUCAUACUGUGUCUGUUUUUCUGUCACAGAUACACUCACAGACAUUGCUACCCUCACUGAACCCCUUUCUCCACACAGAUUUCUCUUCCUCUCCCUCUGUCUUCACAGUGUCUCUCUCUCUCUCUCCCUCUCUCUCACGUUCUCCCGCCUCCUCUUCCUCUUUCCAUCCCUCUCGUCUCCACUUUUGUCUCUCUCUCCCAAACUCUCAUCUGCCGGGGCUGAGUGAAGUUUGCUGUGUUUGCCAGACGACCAUGGCGCAAAACGCCACGGGCGGUGCUGUGAAGGCUUUACAAUUGGAACUGAAGAAAAUCCAAGAGGAACCGGUCGAAGGAUUUCGAGUAAAUUUGACGAACGAUGACAAUUUAUUUGUGUGGGAGGUGGCGAUUUUCGGUCCCCCCAGUACAUUGUAUGAAGGGGGUUAUUUCAAGGCACAUAUGAAGUUUCCUUCAGAUUAUCCAUAUUCUCCUCCUAGUGUUCAGUUUAAAUCAAGAAUGUGGCACCCAAAUGUUUAUGAGAAUGGAGAUGUUUGCAUAUCUAUAUUACAUCCCCCUGUUGAUGAUCCACAGAGUGGUGAGUUACCUUCUGAAAGAUGGAAUCCUACACAGAACGUCCGAACAAUUCUCCUAAGUAUAAUUUCCUUAUUGAAUGAACCGAACACAUAUUCCCCAGCCAAUGUAGAUGCUUCAGUGAUGUAUCGCAAAUGGAGAGACUCAAGAGGACGAGAUAAAGAAUAUGAAAAUAUUAUCAGGAAACAAGUUCAAGCAACAAUAGCCGAUGCGGAGAAGGACGGUGUGACAGUGCCGACCACCCUCCAGGAAUACUGCGUAAGCGGCCGUCCCAAACAGACUGAGAGCCACACCGACUUAGACUAUUACGACGACGACGUCUUUCUUGACGAUGACGAUGACGACCAUGCUGACGGUGAUGAUGACGAUUGUUGUUCAGGGCAGGAAGACUCUUGAUAAUGGCCUGAAAUGUGAUAGAUAUUACUGAGGUGGGGCGAGGGGGGUGAGGGAGGGGGGUGGUUGUUGAUUGGAAGUUGGUGGGGGUAAUGAGUGUUAGGGGUGAGUGCAGAAAGGGUGAGACAGAGAGAGAGUGGGAGAAAUAUUGUGAAUGUGUGUGUGUGAGAGAGAGAAAGAGAGAGAGAAAGACAUAUAUAUAUAUAGAGUGAGACUGAUUGCAUGGAUGGAUGGCUGGAUGAAUGGUUGGAUGGUUGUAUAGGAGAGAGUGAAUGGGAGGAAUGGAGCAGGGGUGAGAAGCAGCAAAAUAAGGUGGUGGUGGUGGUGGUGGUGCAGUGAGAAUUUUACUCUGAAAGAGUGGUGGGUUCAGGUAAAAAGAAGAGAACAGAGUUUGGGUGGGGAGGGAGGAGGGGGAGAAAAACCAACCCAAACAAAACAUAUAAAACCAAAAAAAAAACCAAAACAGUACAAAAAACAGCUACAAUAACAACAAACACAUUUUUUCGUUGAUGGGGUGAGUGGGAGGAAGUAAGGUGAAGAAAGGAAAAGAUGAGUUGGAGAAAGGGAAAAAUAGCAAAAAUUGGAAAAAAAAAUUUUAAAAA